CUUACGUCACUGCUGAAAGAUAAACAAAUAGACUUCUAUCAAAGGAUGAAACAGUCUCAUAUCGAAUGCAUCUUACAUAGACUAGUAGAACUUGCAUACUGCAUAUCUGCCAAGACAUUCCCUUUGCUCUCACUACUUCUCAUACUGAUAGCUUUACUGUUAUAGCUUCGCAAAUCACUCUUCUUAGGUUGCAACACCAAGAUACACAUUCAUCAAUAUGCAAGUAGCCGAAAUACUAUCCGACUUGACCUCAUUACGAGUCUGCGACUACAAUGACGCCCUCGCACUCGUCACUGUUCACGAAAGGAUACCCGCUGAGCUCUCUCCAGCGGAUAGCGGCCUUGCUGUCCCAAGCCAGCAAAGCGAAAAAGCAAAUGACGAUCUCCAGCGCGCAAAGGAGCUCGUCGACUUACACUACGAGAUUAAAGCGCGGCAUGCCGAUGGAACCGUUGAUGAGGAGCUGGCGCGUGCGAGAGAGGAUGUGAAUCGUGUUCUGAUGGAGCUUGGGCAUUGAUAGUACUAGGAAGGAUAUUGGUGUCAUUGUUCCCUUGGGUGGUUAUGAAGUACUCAUGUAUGAUAUGAUGUUUAUUUUAUGUAUUCAAUAGUGGGUUGAAA